CAUCCCUCGACCAAAACUUAUUUCAAACUUUCUAGUCUUUCCGCUGCCACACGAAGACCGCGCAUGAUUUUGCGUACGUUGCUGACACGAGCACGUUUCUGGCGACGGUGGGUCACAGCAGCUCUGAUACGAACGUCGCUUUAUGGGACCUGCUUCUACCGCCGCUCAACUCCCUCGUUCAAGGUAUGCAUUGGGCUGUAUGCUUCCUGUUUCGAAUCAGUAAUGGUAUGGAACUGUCACCCUGACGGCUGCUACUGUGCAAUGUAUGUGCCGUGUCAACUCAGUUUAUUCACUGGCGGUAAACACGGAGAGCUUUGCGUAUGGGAUUUGCGGCAGCGCCAACUUCGUCACACUUUUAAACUUUUCGAACACUCGUCGGUACGUUGUCUUUCGUUGGAUCCGUCUCAGGAAUUUUUUGCCGCCGGCUCGUCGGAUGGCGACAUAAAGAUUUAUAAUCUUUCGCCUGUGCCACAGCUGCUGUACAGUUUUCCCGGCGAGCACAGUAGCCGAGGGGGGUUCAGCUUCCGGCAGGUAGGUACUGGCCUUUCGCAGGGCGUCUAUGCGCUGCACAUCGAUCAAGAUCAGCGGAUGUUUUCAUGUGGAGCUGAUUGUUCCUUCAAACUUCGCCAUCUCUGCCUGAACCGGGGCAGACCGGAACUUUUUUAA